CGAGCCAAGGAGAGGAUGGCGGUGGCAAGAGCGAGACCAUCGAGGAGACGGCAGAGAUGGUGACGGCUGCGGGAGGUUGUGGACUGGCUGCGGUGGUCGACCACCAGGAUGAGGACGCGGUGGCGGAGCUGGUGGCCAGGAUCACCAAGGAGAAGGGCCACCUCGAUCUACUGGUCAACUGCGUUUGGGGCGGCGACAAUAAGGCCCAGUGGGGCACAGCCAUCGAUGCACUGGACGUUGGCAAGGGCCGGGCCAUGCUCGACCAAGCCAUCGUCUCGCACAUCAUCACCACCAAGGCCAUGCUUCCUCUCCUCCGGCUCGGCACCGACCCGCUGGUGGUCGAGGUGACGGACGGCGCCGGUGGCUUCUUUCGCGGGGCUCUUUUCUACGAUCUCGUCAAAAAUGCAGUCAUCCGCCUCGCCUUUGCCACCGCCGAAUCGCUGCGUGAGUCGAGCAUCUGUGCUGUGGCGGUCACGCCUGGAUUCCUCCGCUCUGAGGCCGUUCUCAAGCACUUUGGUGUGACGUGCGAGACCUGGCGCGAUGCCAUUGCCACCGAUCCGCACUUUGCCCACUCGGAGACGCCCAUCUUUGUCGGCCGUGGCAUCGCCGCCCUCGCCGCCCUCGACGCCGACGCCAAGGCGGCGCGAAACGGGCGAGUCUUUGCCUCGUGGGGCCUUGCCACCGAGUUUGGCCUUACCGAUACCGACGGCUCGGUCCCCAACUGGGGUGCGCAUGCCGCAGACUCUGACUUUGGUCGCGAUCACGCCGCCUCUCACGCCCGCUUCCUCAACGCCUUUCCGCACCAGCCGUCGCCGCCGUAG